CGGAAGUCGUUCCGGUGCGGAAUCGGCUCCCGGGAGCACAGCCGCCCUCUGUGCGCGGCCGCUGGGCCGCAGCGAGCCGACCCGGGCUCGUGACGGCCGUCAACGCGGAAAGCUGCGAAGCGGAGGGGCCCGGAGAAGGCACGGCCGGGGCAUUCCGCCCUCGUCGGGGCUCCAGUUCCCGCCCCGCGACCAGCAGCCGCGGGAGACCAGCUCCGAGACCCCCACGGGCGCCGCCUUCCCCUCGGAGGCCACGCCCGCCCCAGCUACCCGGGACCGGAAGUGGGGCGUGGUGCCGCCGGAACCGCAGAUCCCGAGUCCGGAAGUGAGGCGUGGUGUCGCCGGGGACUGUAGUUCCCGAGACCGGAAGUGGCGCGUGGGGCCUCCGGGAGCAGAGGGUCUCCGCGCGGCGGGCAGCAUGGCGGGGCUGGAGCUGCUGUCGGACCAGGGCUACCGCGUGGACGGGCGGCGCGCGGGGGAGCUGCGCAAGAUCCAGGCGCGGAUGGGCGUGUUCGCGCAGGCCGACGGGUCCGCCUACAUCGAGCAGGGCAACACCAAGGCGCUGGCCGUGGUCUACGGGCCGCACGAGAUCCGGGGCUCCCGGGCGCGCGCUCUGCCUGAUCGGGCACUGGUGAACUGCCAGUACAGUUCUGCCACCUUCAGCACAGGCGAGCGCAAGCGGCGGCCACAUGGGGACCGCAAGUCCUGCGAGAUGGGCCUGCAGCUGCGACAGACCUUCGAGGCGGCCAUCCUCACACAGCUGCACCCACGCUCCCAGAUUGAUAUCUACGUGCAGGUGCUGCAGGCAGACGGUGGGACCUAUGCAGCUUGUGUGAAUGCAGCCACGCUGGCAGUGCUGGAUGCUGGCAUACCCAUGCGGGACUUUGUUUGUGCCUGCUCCGCUGGCUUUGUGGAUGGCACGGCCCUGGCAGACCUGAGCCAUGUGGAGGAAGCUGCUGGUGGCCCCCAGUUGGCCCUGGCCCUGCUGCCGGCCUCAGGCCAGAUCGCUCUGCUGGAGAUGGACGCUCGACUGCACGAGGACCACCUGGAGCGGGUGCUGGAGGUCGCUGCCCGGGCUGCCCAUGCUGUGCACACCCUGCUGGACCGUGUGGUCCGGCAGCACGUGCAGGAGGCCUCCCUCUUGCUGGGGGACUGAACCCCGGACACCCCUACCCAGAAUAAAGCCGUGUUCCUCUGCCUGGACAUGCCCCACCAUGCUUCCGUCCCCAGGCCUCCCCACAGCACUUCCACGCCCUGCAGAGCUUGGCCUGGUGCUGGCUCCUCGGGGUGACCAGGCACCCUUCCCCAUUCCUGGACAUUUACUUCUUGCUGUCUUGGGAUUCAAAUCUUGAAGAGGAAGGUGGAGUUGGGCCAGAGAAGGGUCCCUGGGUGGAGAGAACAGUGUUUGCUGAAAAGGGGUCAAGGCAUCUGAGCAGUGAGGCUGAGUGCAGGACGAGCCAGACCAUGAGCAGGUGGGAGUGUGUUACCCUCACACCGUCACUCUGCCCUGGCUUCCGGGGCCCUGAGCACAGGGGCUGAGGGUGAAUCCAGCUGGCUAUGAGUACCCCCCUGUGGAGAUGGGGGCCUUCUCUUGUAUCCUCUGGUCCACAGCUUGGAAUGGAUGCCCCCCCACUGCCGAGGGCUGGCCUAACCCUCAGCAACGGGCAGGGUCCUGAUGGGGGGCUGGAGUCGGCGAAGGAAGGAGACAGACACCUUGUUGUGUCCGGGUACGAAGAUGGAAUCUCCGACCAAGCAGAGCAUCAGAGCUUUAUUUUUAUAAUUCUCUGUAACAUACGCACUAGCACUCAGGCACACAAUACUGGAAUAUUUUGGCUAAAUCUCAGACAUGAUUUAUCCUUACACAGUGAUCAAUGGGCCAGCAGGGACAGACCCCCUGGAGCGCAGCAGGACACAGUGUGCGGCACAGGCAGAGCAGUUCCUGUUAUUUAGCACCCAGCAACCUAUAACUAUUUUUUGUGUUCAUGUUUUAGAGUCUGUUAAUCAUUACCUUUUUGUUUCUUCUAGCUAACUCUUUCAAAGCUUGGGAAGGGGGAUUUUGAGCAGAAAGGGUGACCUAUUGUCUUCUAAGAAAGGAGCAGGCAUUGCCACUACGCUGACGCUAAUGCAGGGUAAGCCGCUGGCUCAUUAAUGCAGCUAGGUGUGGGAGCAUUCCACCACCACAGAGCCCAGAAGACGCCAAAUGAGAGAAAGAGGCAGUAUGAAUAUAAGAAACAGCAGCAAGAAGCAAAUUCCUUUUAGGAAGGAGUCAUAGGUGCCACUCGGUGCUCCGCCUUGCGGAACGGUCACCGCGACAUGUACUGAAGGCCCAGGGACCGUCCACUAGGCUGACUGCCGGGUGCUGAGUUGGCUGCCCACGUCUCCCCUCUUUUUAUUUUUUAGUCGUAAGGUUGCAAGCUCGAUGCAGAGCUCUUGGAUUCCUCGGGAGAGGAGCUUGAUGACUAUAGAAAGAAAAAUUAAUAAGAUUAGAACAAGCACAGCAAUUCCUAUAUAAGAAUAUAGAGUAGAGACUAAUGAAGAAUUAGAGAUGUGUGAAGUUAUCUGAGAGAGGAAAUCAGAGGCCACUGCAGAGGCAGGUAACAAAGCAGAGCCUGACUGCGAUAUAUCUUGAAUUUCUUUAUGCAAGGUUGAAAGAUCUGAACUUAUGUCACUAUUGUUCCAAACUCCUUGCAUAUGCAUUUGAAUUUUAUGCCAAGCAUGCAAAGAUUCAUUAUAUUCUUUAGGUGUAACACAAAUCCAUUGAUAUUCAAUAUGACAUCUAAGUAAUAAUCUUACUUUCAGGCCAAGAAGCUGAUUACCCAAGGUUUCAACUGCUUCUUCUAAUGCAUUUACUUUGGCGUCAAGCUUUUUAUCUAUACUUUCCUGUGCAGCUAGUGCUAAUGUCACAUUUCUUGAUAAGGCAUCUACAUAUUGGGCGGUGUGUACUUCCUGAACUAGGGCAGUGGUCACGGCCACAACCGCCCCUAUAAUGCUAAUUAAAGCUGUGAUACCUACAA